UUCCCACUGGGCACCGGUUGAAUCAACUUUGUUUCCACUUCAUUUCAAUGAAAUGACGUUGAACCAAAGUUGGAUUGACGUCCGUGUCCAGUGGAUUGCUCCCUUGUCUUGAUUUAUUGGCAUCUGUUCAUGUUUACCAGGAAAUAAUAAUUCUGCACCAUCUGGGUCAUUUCCUCUAUGAUCUACAGAGAGUAAUGUGUAGAUCAUGGUGACUGCUGGGUUCCUAGAAGUGUGUCAGGGCCAUAAUAAUAAGAUCUUUUAUUUCAGAGAGCAAAGAUCCUUUGUUUUUAGGUCACUUGGUAGCAUUUCCUUGUUAUGGUUGUUAAACUGAUUGUUGGGAAGACUAUGCCCCUGACAUAAAAGAGGUAGUUAUCAAGUCCCGACCAUAAAGUUUUAGAAGUUAUACAUUGGCACAGAGAACAAUAUACUCUGUGUACUGUAACAGCAACUAUUGAUCUGUGUACUGAUUAGGUAUCAAGUCUACUAUAAAGUAGAAUACUAUAAACCGGUGUACACUGUAAAUAUUCAUAAACAGAGCUCAGUAUCUUUACUGUAACAGCAACUAUUGAUCUGUGUACUCAUCCUGCUUCAUACAGAGAACGACCACAAAGACACCACUCGAUGGCGAUGCCCCGGUUGUUUCUCAACAUUCUGCUGACCUCACAAUUGACUGUGUUCCUGCCAAGUGAAGCCCAAAAGCAAACCCCUCCCCCUCACACUUCCAGCCCGAGCUGCCCAGCUUAUCCCGGUGUCCCUGGCAUACCUGGUCAUAACGGUCUGCCUGGGAGAGAUGGGAGGGACGGGCAUGACGGAGUCACAGGACCCAAGGGAGAGAAAGGACACCCUGGAGGAAUAGGGGUACAGGGACCCCCUGGUGAUGUGGGGCCAGCUGGACCUAAAGGGGAGAUAGGGGAGCCAGGAGAUGCAGGAGGAAACAGUGUGAUCAGCCAUUUACUCGCUGAGAUCCAACAGCUCAAAGCCAGACAGGCUAAUCUUGAGAAAGCUGCAAGCUUCAGGGUCUUCCAGAAGGCAGGGGACAAAUAUUUAGUGUCCAAUGGAGUGCUGGGGAGUUUCGAUGAAGGUUUGAAGUUCUGCAACAACGUUGGUGCGACGCUGGUCAUGCCAAGGAAUGACGUGGAGAACCAAGCUCUUUCCAAAUUCAUUGUUGGUGCUUCUUAUGGUUUCCUGGGAGCAACAGACAGGAAAACAGAGGGUGUUUGGGUAGAUUUGAAUGACGAGCCACUGACGUAUCUGGACUGGCACAGUGGGGAACCAAACAGUGGAGGUAAUGGUAUAGAAGACUGUAUUGCAACAACAACCUCUGGACCUUGGGUUGAUAUUACCUGUGAUGCAAAUAUUGUUAUAAUAUGUGAAAUUUAAACAUUUAAAGAUGGGAUUUUUUUCCAUAAAAUCACUGACCUACAUUUUAAUUGCUACUAAAUGAAUAUUCAAGCAAAUUAUCUUACCAAAUCUUAAAGGGCAAUAAUAAUAUAUCACAACCAUCCAGCAGACACUGUUUAUGAGAGCUGCAAAUUCUUUACAGACGGUCAAUAAAAUGAAUAAAAAAGAGCAAGGAAUUGUGUGUUUCUCUCUCGGACCAGGUGAUGUACAUGUUUGUUUAGUGUGGCGCUUUGACAACCAGGACCAGUUGAUGUACAUGUUUGUUUAGUGUGGCGCUUUGACAACCAGGACCAGUUGAUGUACAUGUUUGUUUAGUGUGGCGCUUUGACAACCAGGACCAGUUGAUGUCCAUGUUUGUUUAGUGUGGCGCUUUGACAACCAGGACCAGUUGAUGUCCAUGUUUGUUUAGUGUGGCGGUUUGACAACCAGGACCAGUUGAUGUCCAUGUUUGUUUAGUGUGGCGGUUUGACAACCAGGACCAGUUGAUGUCCAUGUUUGUUUAGUGUGGCGGUUUGACAACCAGGACCAGUUGAUGUCCAUGUUUGUUUAGUGUGGCAGUUUGACAACCAGGACCAGUUGAUGUACAUGUUUGUUUAGUGUGGCGCUUUGACAACCAGGACCAGUUGAUGUCCAUGUUUGUUUAGUGUGGCGCUUUGACAACCAGGACCAGUUGAUGUCCAUGUUUGUUUAGUGUGGCGGUUUGACAACCAGGACCAGUUGAUGUACAUGUUUGUUUAGUGUGGCGCUUUGACAACCAGGACCAGUUGAUGUCCAUGUUUGUUUAGUGUGGCGGUUUGACAACCAGGACCAGUUGAUGUCCAUGUUUGUUUAGUGUGGCGGUUUGACAACCAGGACCAGUUGAUGUCCAUGUUUGUUUAGUGUGGCGGUUUGACAACCAGGACCAGUUGAUGUCCAUGUUUGUUUAGUGUGGCGGUUUGACAACCAGGACCAGGUGAUGACCAUGUUUGUUUAGUGUGGCGGUUUGACAACCAGGACCAGGUGAUGACCAUGUUUGUUUAGUGUGGCGGUUUGACAACCAGGACCAGUUGAUGUCCAUGUUUGUUUAGUGUGGCGGUUUGACAACCAGGACCAGUUGAUGUCCAUGUUUGUUUAGUGUGGCGGUUUGACAACCAGGACCAGGUGAUGACCAUGUUUGUUUAGUGUGGCGGUUUGACAACCAGGACCAGGUGAUGACCAUGUUUGUUUAGUGUGGCGGUUUGACAACCAGGACCAGGUGAUGACCAUGUUUGUUUAGUGUGGCGGUUUGACAACCAGGACAAAGUAGGCUAUUUUAUCAUCUCACACUGCUCACAAUGGAAACAUCUUCUUUCCAGGUGUAGCACAGGACAAUAUGGAUGUCACCAACACAGUCGAACAUUAUUCUUCCUUUUAUAUAAGGAGUUACAUGUAUUUUUCAACAUAACACAGUUAGAACAAUGUAUUAUUUCAACCCAGAAUAAGGUCACAUUUGUUUAGGGUUCAGAUGAGAUAUAGUGAAUGAAGACAGGUGAACAAACUGACAUGAAACGUGUAUGUUAUUCUGUGCUAUGCUCAUAUUUGAUUGUUCCUCUCAAUUGUUGAUGUGAUUGUAACCCAAUAGCAGCCCCUAGUGGUGAUCUGGAAUAACCUUACCUUUCUGAGCCCACACCAAAACACAGGUGUCAUUAAUUAUUUGUCGACCUUCCAAGUCUGCGUUCCAAUUCUCUACACUUCUCCAGAAGAGUGCACUUGUUCACUCCCCCUCAUGUUUUUAAAAGUAUUAUACUGAACCAGAAUAUAAAUGCAACAUGUGUUUUUUCCCAUGUUUCAAGGGCUGAAAUAAAAGAUCCCAGGUAUGUUCCAUCAGCACAAAAAGCUUAUUUCUGUCAAAAUUUGUGCAUAACUUUCUUUACAUCCCUCAUAGUGAGCAUUUCUCCUUUGCCAAGAUAAUCCAUCCAUCUGACAGGUGUGGAAUGUCAAGAGCUAAUUAAAGAGUAUGAUAU